GCGGAGGAAGUGACGUCACACGCUAACACGGGAAACAGCACGAACAACAACCGGAGGAGCUUUGACUUUUUUCCUGAAAUCUCGCCACAAAAAUUAUCGAACAGGCACACGAUCACAGCGGACACAAUGGCCGCAGACUGGCUGGGGAGUGUUGUGUCUAUAAACUGUGGGCAGACUUUGGGAAUCUACCAGGGAGAGGUGAUUUCAGUCGAUCACGCGAGCCAGACCAUCUCGCUGAGACGGCCGUAUCACAAUGGAGUCCGGUGUCCUGUUCCUGAGGUCACUUUCAGUGCCAUGGACAUCAAGGAGUUAAAGUUCCUAGACAUCCAGCAUACAGCCAACAAGCUGGGCUCCGUCCAGGGAGCUGCAACAGAAGCCAGCGUCACGACUUCAGGACGCCUCGCCAACAGCAACAGAGUCCCGAAACCUGAAGUCACAGGCAGCAGCUCUCAGCCCGGCGCUGCUCCCAUCACCAUCCUGCGCAGAGGAGCUCCUGCAGGCUCAUCUAACAGCAGAGCGACCACACAAAAGAAGAACAGCGUGAAAAACGGAGGAGCUGGUUGGCCGAUGAGACCAAAAGAUGACGAGUGCUUUGGAGACGGGACCGACGAGGACCUGGACACGGACUUCGACUUCGAGGGCAACCUGGCUCUGUUUGACAAAGCUGCCGUCUUCUCCAAGAUCGAUGGAACCAACAGCCACGCAAACCGACCACAGCAGCACAGCACGCACGGCACACAACACAAGCCUCUGACCUACCGCCAUGAUGAGAAUAUUCUGGAGGUGAAGCCCGUCACAUACCGACAGAUAACAGGACCCCAGCACGGCGGCAAAGAGUACUGUACAGAUUCAGGCUUGGUGGUUCCCAGCAUUCCCUAUGAACUUCAUAAACGUUUACUGGCAGCCGCAGAGCGUUGGGGCCUUUCUGUGGAGCGCCGACUGGAGACGAUCGGCGUUUGUUCCUGUCAGAUGGCUCUCACUCUGCUGGGCGGACCAAACAGACUCACCCCGAAAAACACCCACCAGAGACCCACGGUGGUCAUCCUGUGUGGGCCGCACAUCCAGGGAGCGCAGGGCAUCAGCUGCGGGCGACACCUGGCCAACCAUGAAGUGGAGGUCAUCCUGUUCCUGCCCAACUUCCUCAAGAUGCAGGAGUCGGUCACCAGUGAGGUGAACCUGUACAGCCGGACCAGUGGCAAGCAGGUGGCCAGCGUCAAAGACCUGCCAGCAAGCCCCGUGGAUCUGGUCAUCAACUGCUUGGACUGCCACGAGAACCGACUUCUGAGGGAGCAGUCCUGGUACCAAUCGGCUGCAGACUGGGCUAACAGUAACCGCGCUCCGGUCCUGAGUAUCGACCCGGCAGUCGUCGAGCAGUGCCACAACAUCGAGGCCAAGUGGACUCUGUGUUUGGGCCUCCCCCUUCCUUUAGCCGAGUCGGAGAGCAGAGUCUACCUCUGUGACAUUGGCGUCCCUAAACGGGUUUUUCAGGAAGUCGGAAUCAGCUACCGCUCACCUUUUGGUUGUAAAUUUGUUAUUCCGCUGCAUUCAGCGUGACAUGUGACCCGCUGAUACGGCUCUUUGUUACACAUGGACGAGGGGGGGAGAGGUACCUUUGUGUUUGUGGCUGAAAAGUUAAUACCUGACUAAAACAAUCUUUGUUACAUGACUACAUGACACGUCUGAGAGCACGCUGUGUAGGCUUUUCCUCGUGUCCUCUGGUAACUCCCAGGGGGCCGCUGCACGUUGCGUGCGACACCUCUUGUUUUUGAGAGGGAAAGGUUUCCUGUUCUUUGGUGUGUUUUGAUAAGGGCUCUGUGCUACGAGGUGAAUAUGUUUACAAAGUGCUGACCACUGUGAGUUUAUCUCUGCCCUCUGACCGUAUGACCAGUCAGAGCAGCAGAGACUAACUUCCUGUUUCCUCCUUCAGAUAGCAUACAGGGGUCUGAUCGUGACCUUACAACCCCUGCAGCCCAGCUCAGACUGAAGCAGUCUGCUAACUCAGAUCUACUUCUCCUCUGGGCCGCAGGUCAGCAGAUCCUUUUGUCUUUUCAAUCUUCUUUUCAGGGCUGCAUUCUGUCCAGCAAUCGUUGUAGCAUGUUGAACUACAGAGGUCCUUUAUAUUUCUAUUUAUUUUUGGAUUCUAUCUCAGGAAUAAUGAAUGAAAAAGAAGAAAAACCCACAUACUCUUUCUGCACUGUUGGCUCCGUUGAGUUUAUAACCACUGACACUGAAAAUGAAAAGUGGUAGCAGAGUCCCUGGAGGAUUACAUUUUUCUGUAUUUCUGAAGUCUCACACAUUUGACAGGAAUUUCAAACGCACAUUCCAAAGACCGAGAACAUCCUGGGCCAGGUUAAUCUCUAAAGAUUAUAGCCAGCGAGGUGUUGUGAAAUCUAAUUAUUAAACCUUUUCCAUUUUUUGACUCGUCAGACUGCCAAAUCCUCCGGCCAACUGUCUUUGUUGCGGUCGGCAUAGUGACCUCUUGUUACCUUUCAACGGCGGAUUUUUUUGAACAACAACAAAGAAAAGAAGUCUUUAUUUUUGUGAACUGACAGAUGUGCACUUUAAGGUUGUGCAGCUUCAUCUUUAGGAAGUCCUUGAACUUUUUUUUUCAUCCUUGAAAAGUGGCGUUCUUAAACUAACAACCUGAGUGUUUCUCAGGCUGCACGCUCAAAUGAUCUAGCAUUAAAAAACUACCUUGAAUGUUUUUCUCAAAGACAAUCCUGAACAUAUUUUCUUACAGAGCCUUCCCUAACGUUGGAUGGAUUUAGGCUCUAAAAGUUGAAGAAAUAGUCGAGGAAUUAUCGUUGAACAAGAGCGCUCUUCAAUCACACUAACCCGGGAAAUUAAAGAAUUGUACUUUUUUUUUUUUUGUUCAUCUCGAGAUCUUGUAAAUAAGAGAUCUGAAUAUUAACGUCAGUGAAAUAUUUCAGAUUCACUUGAGAGCCUCCACUCGGGCGCACAGGAAGUUUAAGACAUGCAGCCUCAGCUCAUAUGCUUUCUUAAAACGACCGUUACAUUUCUUCUUCACUGCCGGGAAAUAUUAAGAGAAAAGUCUCAUCUUCAGACUCGCUGAGAAAAGGAGGAAAAGGAGAAAACACCGUACACGAGGUGAAAUCAUUUCUGUUUAGUUUUUUUGUAUAACAGUCUCUCAGGAGGAUGGUGAACUGUGUGUUAAAGUAUUUUGAUGUUUUGAUUUUCUUUGUAAACUUUCUUUUUGUUGUCGACAAAGCCCCUGACAUGAGGGCAGAACGCCGUCUGUAAAGAUGAAACACUUUAGAAAACCCGGUCAAAGGCGAAGCUGCAAACAAACACUGAGCUUGAGUCUUCAGGCGGCAUGGUGCUAAGAUGACAAUGAGUGCUCUUUUAUAUGCAAGUGAAAUAAAAAAAAUAAAAAAAUAUUUUGGAAAAGA